AUGGGUCUCCAUAUCUCGGUCAUGCUCGCGGUCUCGGCCAUGACGCUGGCGACAAAUGAUGUUGCCCACGUCAACGCGGCGCCCUCCAACACGACGUCGGGCAUCGAGGCGGUCGUCCAGAAUUUGCCCGACAACCAGUAUGUCAUCAUGAAGCAGCCGUCACCGUUCCCUGGUCUUCACGCCAACGCGCCCGAGUGGACCAUCCACUACCCCGAAUAUCUGCAGAUUUGCGGCAGUACCGUCAAGCUGGCAGGCCGUGACGCGUGCGGCGGUGGUGCGUGGCAGGUCUACAAGUCUCCCGAGUCCAACAAAAUCGAUCAGCUGCGUCAUGUCGCCUCGGACCAUUGUCUCGACGCGUACUGGAGCGAAAAGGACCAGCGACCGCUCGUCCACGGGUACCCCUGCAACUUGCAGAACGGCAACCAGCACUGGGAAUUUGACGUUGGGUGGACCACCCGGCUCGGGCACCGCCGGUACCAAGAUUGGGUCAUGAUGGCCUACAACGGUGAC